UGUCGGCUCGAAAAACUCCGGGGUCGAUACGAGCUAGUAUAACAGAGCGGCAAGUGCUCGAACGUUCGCUCGAUUUUUCAUGCGUCAGCGAAGUGCAAAUUUCGUUCAAAAGUGGGAUUUUCCCUCUUCCUGCCCACGCAGCGUGUGACAUCACUCCCAGCGCUUUUUGUCACGGCUUUUGUGAGUCUGUUAGAAAAAAUUUGAAUGAUUUUGAGCUAGCACGAGUGAAAUGGCGAGACAAGGACUAUUCCCAGUUUGGAUUUGGUAUUCAGCUGGCGUUCCUGGCAUUCAGUAGCAGACAGCAAUCGCUCUCCUGAAUGAGUUUGGGCUUGCUGUUAUCCUCGUUCCAAGAGCUUUCCAACGAGCCCAAGAUCGUCAAAAUCGUCAUCGGAUUCGGUGAUGGGACUAAACAGCUACAGUAUCUAAAUCAGAGUUCCUCUACAAAGGAAUACGUUGCUUGUGGGCAGCUAGGAGUUGCCACCGACACGUAUGACCCGCUUGGAGCUGAGACCAGGAGGGCACCUUAUGAUCAUGUCACUGCUGAAGGUCUUCGUGAAGUGCUCCAGAGCAAGUUCCUGGGCAAGAUCAUGCAGAGGCCACCAGCGUAUUCUGCUCUCAAGAAGGAUGGUGUGCGUUUCUCUGAUUUGAAUCGUUCCGGGGUAGAUGUACGACCUGAAGCACGAGAACGGCAUGUCAGCGACAUUCAAUUGCUCAAGUUUGAGCCUCCCUUCUUUACCAUCAGUGUGACGUGCAACAGUGGAACAUACGUGCGCAGUCUGGUGUAUGACAUUGCCGAAAACAUGGAUACUGUUGCACAUGUGCGUACUCUUCAACGUCUACGGGUUACCCGUUUCACCCAUCACAAUGCCCUGAGGCAAGAAUCCUGGACGCUAGGGCAUGUGUAUGGCGCAUUGCUCCGUCAGCGGAAGGAACAGGAGAGGAUGUUACAAGAUGGCGUUGAUCCGGAGACUGCGCUUUGAGUGGUGCUAUUUCAGCUUUCAGGCUCCGUCCACUGCUAUACCGUGAUGUGAGUAGGUGACAUGUGUGCCGGUGGCAUGGCUGGUCCAUGAUGUAAGCAGGUCGUUUGGCAUGACUAGUCCAUGAUGUAAGCAGGUCAUGUGACAUGAGUAGUCCAUGAUGAAAGCAGGUCAGGUUGCAUGACUACUCUCGUAACCCUAGGGAACUGCAGCAACAUGGAUCUACCCUUGGAAGAACGUCAUGCCAUGGGUGCACAUGCCAAUGGUAUGAAUGCUUGCUGACUUUGGCAUUGUUGAUGCGGAGACAAUGAUUGUGUAACUGUUCUACAACACCAGGUGAGCAUUUACACAGCAGUCAGCAGCACCACCGCCUCAGAGUGUGACCUGGUUGGAUGUGGAGUGACUUACAGAGCAUCUGACCUGUGACGAGAGCUAGUGAACAGGUGCUGAGCAGUAAUCUUCUGCGCAUCGACAUGAUCACAGCAGCAGCGACAACAGCGACAACAGCAGCAGUGGCUGGAGUGAAAGAAUAGAGAAUGCUUGCAUGCCGCUAGAUGCAGAAGAUCUUGGUCAUCAGUCUCAAAACAUCCAUGCACAGCCAGAUCUUGGUCAUCAGUCUCAAAACAUCCAUGCACCGCCAUAGUGACCUUGAGCACAGCCACUAACAACUGUCUCUUGAGCUGGCAUCGAGAUCUUUGCUGUUUGCUCUUCAUCUCUGGCAAGACAUGAAUUUUGCUGUCAUGUUGCCGAUAGCCGACGGCGCUAUUUUAAAAGUGCAAUUAACAAUUCACGUCACGCUGACUCAGCCCCGUUAAGCUCUUGCGCACACCAUAGCAGUCAAGCACGCGUCAGUGCUGCACAGUAGCCGUCGAACCUCGGAUUGAGUCACGGUGAAAGCAGAGUCCACUGAUGAUCAGUAAGAUGAUGAUCGCAAUUCACAUGGUUUGAACUUGCACAGAACUCGCCAGGCAGUUCUGUGUUAAUUGCUUUCUUCUGCCUGUGCCAAGCAAACGUGUGCCCAGUUGGCUUCUUUGCAGCAACACUGAGCAGCUCAGUGUCAUACACUUGUGUGCAGUAUGUCUUCUUUUUUUGCAUCGCUCAUUCUUUUUUAACAGUGGAAGUGUGGAAGUGCUGAGGCUUCUUUUUAGCUUCAUCUGUAUAGGAAGAACGGUGGCUAUUCCCACAACCCUGCACAUCUGAACCCGGUCCAUUAAUGUAUUUCGUUACCGUUCAGGUGAAAAGAAACAAUGUGUACGUGUGUGUG